CCUCCUCUCGCUCUCCAAACAGGAAUCCCGCGCUGUGGUGAGAGGUCUGAUGUCAGACCUCAACUCUCACUGCUCUCAAAGACAAGUGCGCUGAAAACUUCUGAGGAGCCCAAAGACUCACAAGAUCCCAUCAACAGACAUGGAGACAAAAACAGACGGUGGAUCAGCUGCAGUGUCCAGUGAGGAACUGGCUGCUAUUGAAGAUGAAGAGGUUCUCAACAAGAUGCUGGACAACGCAGGGGAUUUCGACGAGAGACGAAUGAUUCGUACUGCAUUAAGAGACCUGAUGAAGAAGAAGAGAGAUAAACGGGAGAAGGAGCGAGGGUCGAGGCAGCAGGACCUGAGGCAGCAGGGCCUCGGCAAAGGAGCGACGACAGGCUCAGCAGUUAGCACAGGCAGAGCGUCCAUGAACCAGCAGGCAUCAACAAACAAACCGACAGGUCAGUCCUCUCCAUCAGCCUCCACUCCCUUCAACCGGACAGCAGGCAGCCCGACCAGUCCUGCUGCAGCCUCAGUCCAGAAAUGCCCUGCUGCUGCAGUACCCAAUGCUAAAAAUGUCAAACAGAUGCUUCUGGAUUGGUGCAGGGCCAAAACAGAGCCAUAUGAGGGGGUGAAAAUCCAGAACUUCUCCUCAAGUUGGAAAGACGGCAUAGCCUUUUGCGCCUUAGUGCACCGGUUCUUCCCUGAUGCGUUCGAGUACUCCAUCCUCAACCCCAACAAGCCCAGGGACAACUUCCAGCUGGCUUUCAACACUGCAGAGAGGCUGGCAGGCUGCCCCCCUCUGCUGGACCCUGAUGAUUUAGUCCGGAUGAAAGAGCCCGACUGGAAGUGUGUGUACACGUACAUCCAGGAGUUUUACCGCUGCCUGGUGGAGAAAGGCCUGGUGAAAACCAAAAAGCGGCUGUAGACUCCCGGAACAGUCAGACACAGCCUUGCAUGACUCAAUGUGAUUUCAAUCAAAACAAACAUUAUAGAACAACAUGAGUUCAAAACAUAAUAUCAUGCACUCUUGUCAGUUUGCCACAGGGGGAAAGGUUAAGUGUUCAAUGUGUUCAACUCUGAUGCCCCAUACGAACAUGAAUGUAAAGUGCCUAAUGUGUAGUAUUUGUACUGUGUGUGUGUGUGUGUGUCAGCAGGGACUUAUGGUUGUCUGUGUGCUCUCAGUGGACAGCUGGUGCUACGGAUCAGUACAUUCCACUGAGAUUACACAUCUGCAUUAAUCCCAGUCAAGGCCAUGGAGAAUCUGGGAACAAAUUUUUCGAUGAUGCUGUACAGGGACUGACAUGUGUGAGUAUUAAAGACACAGUUAAUACUCAUCCAUUCCAUUAUCAGGCUGUUUUUCUUGAGAUAUCAAACGUUAUGUUGAUGGAUAAGUUGACAAUUUAGAAUAUAUAUUUAGAAAAGUACAAUAGAGGGAAUAGAUGGUGUUUUAUUUGAAACAUUUCCACCAACACCUGUAUGAAUGGUUUAAAUGUGCAGUGUGUGAUUAUGGGAUGUUUAUAUGGGCACUCCACUAGCAUGGUGAAUAAACA